AUUAGAAGAGUUCGCUACUCUCUGAGCGAAUGUUUUCAGAAACAUAAUCACGCUUGAAAUGUUACAUUGAGGAUAUUACCGAAUAAUCACAAAGUGCAGCGAUAACUUUUACGAACUCUCGUAUAUCCUUGAGAUAUGAGAGCAAGAGAGAGAAAAUCGUCGUUUCUAAACUUCGAAGACGCCGAAGAUCACUCUCGUUUUCGUGAAAUGCAAUGAAAUGUAAAGUGGCAAUUGCUCAUAUUGCCUCACGUGCUAAUUAAAGGACUUGUAACAGUCGCGCGAAGAGAGAGAGAGAGAGAGAGAUACCGCCGACGAGAUAAUUAAUAACCGCCUCUUACGGGCACUUUGAUCAAUUCGCGUUCGAUUAUAGGUCAUGAGAGCCUAGAAUAUAAUUUCGCGCAGUCGUCACCUCUCACCCUGUGUGUGAUAUCGGCACAACGCGCGAAUAUCGACAUGAUACGCGAGAAGGAAAAAGGAGGAGAAGAAAUGCUCGCGCGCAAAGUAAUAAUAAUAAUAAUAAUAAUAAUAAUACAGGAUUCAACAGCUUUCAAUCCGGCCUCUCUCGAGCUCGCAAUUACCAAUCCAAUUAUCAGCGUAUCCCCAGGACAGAGCAACACACGUCGUUCUCGCUUAUUUACAGCGUCGAACGGCGGCGCCAAGCUCGUCGAGCGUCCGCGCGACACGGACGCCGUUAGACACGAGUGACUCGCGCCGUCAAUCCUAGGCGUGUGUCGCCGACGCGACGUGGCAGCCUGGAAGACUUCGCGUCAUGUCGUCGCGCGGUGGAGGACGCGUCUACGAGCGGAACUUGACCUAAGGAAGGCCGUGGUGGCGUAGGCGAGAAAAGUGCGGCCGUUGCGAGAGCGACAAUGUCAGCGCUCGCCAGCGACACGUUGCCGACCACCGUUGCCGGGGAACUGACGACCACACUCAUACCCACCGUCACCAGGAUCGACACGCAGCUGGACGUCAGUCCCGUCUCGGUGUUCCUCGCGGUCUCCAUAGUGUGCAUACUGUCGCCCAUCACGGUCACGGGCAACUCCAUCAUCCUGGCCGCCUUUUACAGAUACAAGAGGCUCAGGACCGCCUCCAACUGCCUGCUGGUCUCCUUGGCCAUCAGCGACUUCGGGGUCGGCUUGUUUAUGCCCUUCGGGAUGCAGCUGGAGCUGUCCGGUCUGCCGGAGAACGGCCGCGUCACCACGCUCUGCAUCGUGCCGUAUUGCAUUGUGAUCGCGCUCUGCAGCGUGAGUGUCCUGGUGACCGUGGCGAUCGCGGUCGACCGGCUGACGUCGUUGGCGCAGCCGUUACGUUACAAGAACAUCAUCACCCACAGCAGCAUAGAGAAGUACAUCGCGGUAUUCUGGAUAUACGCGAUCGCGGUCGGCCUCUCGCCCCUCAUCUACGCUCAAAUCAUCGGCGGGAUGCAGUCGAACAGCGCGCACUGCAGAUUCGACGCGGCGGUGCUGCCGCCGGUCAGGGUGUUCCUGGUCGUGGCGGUGUGGGCGCCGAGCGCCCUCGUGCUGCUCGGUUGCUACAUGUACGUCUACCUCGUGGCGCGUGCACACGCACGGGCGAUUUACACGGUGGAGCUGUCGUUCAGACAUCAAACGCAGACCUUGGCGCUGCCUCGUUACGGGCAGACGCUGGCUGUCACGGUCGGCGCAUUUCUCAUCCUGUGGCUUCCAUUCCAAACCUGCAUGCUGGUGGACAUCUUCUGCGGCACCAACAUCUUGUCGGACUGGGCGGUGGUGUGGCUGGGCCUGCCGAUCUUGGCGCAUAGCGGCGCGAAUCCCUGGAUCUAUGCGUUCCACCACGGCGAGAUGCGCGUGGCUGCGGGCAAGAUCGCCGGCGACCUGAUCGCCUUGGUCUGCCUGAUGCCGAGCCGCUACGGCUGCUCGCCGACGAGACGCGGCACCAACACGAACCUCGAGCUCGCCGAGAUCAACAACAGCAACGAGAGCAGACGACACCCGGUGGAGGAUUGCUUCGCAGCGAAGCAUCACGGCGUGCUCUACUCCAGCAGGAGAUGCUUGGAGGUGUCGGGCAGGCAUACCAACAUCUCCCCCGAGAAGAAUGAUAUCGAGCUCGCCGCUUCGUCCAGCAGCCGGCAUGGCGACAUCGUCGAGGAGAACAUCCACGAUCUCACGAAGAUGCUCGACCCGAAGUACAUCAUCGACCGAAGCCACGUGAUCGACACGAAUCACAACAUCGACAAAAUCAAAAACCUCAAGUACCUGUUGGACCCGACCUUCAGCAAGAUACGGCAUCUCAGACGGCUGAAUCGCAAGCGAAUAAGUCAUAAGAACUUCCCGCUUAUUAGCGAACCCAAGUUCACAUCCUACCAGAAUCUGAAGAGCGCCGACGGAGCGCACAGCAGCCGCAAAUAUCUCCAGCUGAACGCGCUCUCCGACCCGAUGCUGAACACUGACAGUCCCGUGAUGGACGCCAAGGACUUCAACGAAGUACUCUGUCGCAAUAACGACGCUUGUAACAAGUGGAACGCACAUCUUUCAUCCAUGUCGGACUCGAACAUCAAGGCGGCCACGAGACGCGCCUCUCAAAUCAGCUCGAAGCUCUUCCCGGUGAGCGGCAACGACGCUGAGAGCUACGGCUACUCCGUGCAGAAUCUCGACCUCAACCACAGCAGAUACGAGGGCGCGUUAGCUAGACACACGAUGAUGCUGUGCCAGCAGAUUGAGGAUCAACGUAGAGCCAAAAUCUCGCCACAUCCGCGACGGAGAUUCCGCCGCUACUUCGGGCGCGCCAGUCCGAACUUGAAUCUCAGGCUGCGCGGUGAUCCCACACCGUCCUCGUCGGCGCCCGACAGCGUCAAACCGAGCUACGCGAACAGUCCGAGGCGAAGUGCGUCGCCUGGACAACUAACGAUCACGCCGAACAAGUUGGCGAAUCUGAUUAACCUGGACCCACCGUCAUCGAGAAGCGCACACAGCCGAGUAGACCUUACUGCCAGAGCUCUGACGCAAGCACGAAGGAACUUGGACAUACUGAAUCGAUCCGAAUCGAUCAACACAAUCGACCCGAUGACGCGCGUGACGUUGUUGGAGCCAUCGAACCUGAUGGACUCGUUGAUCGUGCCGACGAUACACUCGGAACCGCCGAGUCCCAUAGAUCCUUUGCCCUCGGCACCACUUCAGGGCGAGGAAGCGCAAAGCCUCGAGAUCUCGAUGCCCAUCGUCGACGUGACGCAACGCAACAAGUCACCGUUGAGCAAACGAAGCAGCCCGGUGCGGUACUCAGAUCCGGUGAUUCCAACCGUGUUGCUGAACAUCGAGGACUUCAGCGAGCCGUCCGUAAACGACAGGCACGACGACUGCAGAAACGGCUCGGGGAACGAUCUGUUGUCCGGCACCACGCCGACGUUGGAGCCGAUCGAUCUGUUCGAGGCGCUGCUGCGGAACUCGGACAAAUGCAAGGACGCGAGACUGCCGGAGCCUAUCUUCGCCGAGCACGACUCCACGAGGUUCAGCUCGAGACGACCUUCAGACUCCAAGUGGUCGGAGUCGUCCAGGAGCCAAGAGGUCCUGUCGAGCGUGACUGAGCAUCAGACAACUUUCCCGUCGUCUUACUCGGUCAACAACUUCCAGACGUGCUGCAACAGCGGCAGCGACCUCAACGACCUCACGUCCUUGGAUCCUUUCAUGUGCCCGGACGCUCUCACGUCGUCCUUGCGCGAGUCCUUCUUCAGCGCGCCGUCGGUGCCCGACUCCGAUAUCUUCACGUCCUUCGAGGAGAGCGACGAUCCCGGUCUCACGCCCGAAUUCACACCAGACUCUGAGCGGGACGCCCCGCCGUACAACUCGGUCUCGACGAUAAACCUGAAGAGGUGCGUUAUCGAGGCAGCGAUGCAGAGCCGGUCCACGGAAUCGGUGCACCGCGUGAGGCACCCGUCGACGCGAUCCUGUGCGAUUCUCAGGCUGGAACCGUCCGUACAUUCCAGCAGGCUGAGGGUCAGGCCUUGCACGAGUUACAUCCUGAAGGACCCGCCGGCCAAAAGGAACCCGCGAUUGGCGCCCCUCGCCAUCCCCACACCCACCGACAUCUGCACUCCCACGUUCGACGUUGUGUCGACGGAGAUCAAGGGCGACAAAGGUGUUGGCGUUCGCGUGUGAAUCGUUGGGGUGGAUCGAAGGAAGAGAUCCGCGAGUCUCUCAUAGCUGAUUUCUCGGAAACGAAUGUUUGCCGGUCGCAAAAUCCCAUUCGUGAGGAACCUCAGGUGCGACUACGCCUCGCCGAUGGAAACCAGAGGCCUCUGUAUCCUGUUCCGUCAACUAGUCAUUUUUAAUACUUAACGUUCAAGUUAUCUCCACGUUCCACAUUGACGCUUCCGUUUCGGCAACAUUCAUUUCGGAAUUUUCCGGACGCGGCGACGUCUUUUUAUUUGCAGCUUUGCGUUCUUCUGUUAUUAUGCUGCGCUGUUUGAUCCGUUCGCAUCGUCAUUUCUCGCAUCAGGGAAUUUUUAUCUUCGAUUUUUAUUCUCGAAACAUCGGUCAAGCCAUCAGUCGCGUCAGAAACGAAGCUCGGUGCUUUCGAGUUGAGACGGUUUCACUGAGCGAUCUUGUGAGAAACAUGGUGCUAGAUAUAUAAAAAAGGGACUUGGAUGUUGUAACAAAUGCGUGGAAUUUUUGGAUAGUCGAUGUACUUGAAAUUGGACUGUGAUGGUGCGUAUUUUCGUAAGAAAUCACAAGAUCAUUAACAGUAACGAGAAAAAGAAGAGACUCUAGCGUCGCUAUUUCGAUAGCUGUUCGAGUUAGGCUAAUUCGAUUUACAGGAGCGACACGACGGUUAAUCCGUUGUGGACAAAUCGCCGUUUUAGCUGGGAGUCAACUAUAUAUUUAAUAAUCCGAGCGUUCAUCGGUUGACCCGAUAGAUCAACUGAGUCGGCGCUACGCGCGAAUAAUAUUCCGUCUCAAACGUGAAUUAAUAUAUAUAUAUGUAUACAUACACGUCGUAUCGAGAUAAAAAGAGAAGUUCUCUCUGUGCGGUCCAAAAUAUUGCCUGUGACGUGCGAUGACGUUUAUAUUCUGCGAACCGAUCCGCGAAUGAUCGGCUGAUUACUCAGACGUUCUGUGAAUCAGAACCGUGCCAAGCGUACUAUAUCAAAUCCCGAGUUUUCGCAGCAGCCGUUCGACUCAAGCUUGUAACUUGUUAUCGCUUGUGUACCUGAUGAAAGAUGAUAUAUUUGUUGACUAGGAGAGAUCGUGUGAUAUAUAUAUAUAUAUAUA